UGACGGGAAAUCAAACAUCGACCAAUGGGAAAAUGGUUCACAUUAUGGCGGCAAAGCUAGCCAAUGAAAACAGUUGUCUUGUUAGACGUGCUUAGAUUUCAAAGAAGAUGGCGGGCGUUCUGCAGGCAGCUAAAAACUCCAUCACGUUAAAAGGGUCCGCAGAAAUUGUAUCGGAGUUUUUCUCGUACGGUAUAAACUCCAUUCUGUACCAGCGUGGCAUCUACCCUCCGGAGACGUUCAGCCGUGUGCAGAAGUACGGCCUGACUUUACUGGUCACCACAGACAACGAGCUGAAGACGUAUCUAAACAAUGUCCUGAUGCAACUGAAAGACUGGCUACUGGACAAAACUGUAGAGAAGUUGGUCGUGGUGGUAACAAGCAUCGACACACAAGAAGUACUGGAGAGAUGGCAGUUUGACAUUGAGUGUGACAAAACAAUGACAGAAGAUAGUAAACCUCGUGAGAAACCACUGAAGGAGAUCAAUGAUGAGAUCAAAGCAGUGAUACGACAGAUCACAGCCUCAGUGACAUUCCUGCCUCUACUGGAGGAAAACUGUUCCUUUGACCUGCUCAUCUACACAGACAAGGAUCUGCAGGUCCCAGAGACCUGGGAGGAGUCCGGACCUCACUUCAUCGCCAAGUCUGAGGAGGUUCGACUCCGGUCCUUCAGUACCUCCAUCCACAAGGUGGACGCCAUGGUCUGCUACAAGAACGCUGACUGAACACAAACAUCUCUCAACAUGGACUGUCUUUUAUAAUGCAAGGGUAGGGGGGUAGAAACUACAGUAGUAUGGUAUCCAAUAGUAUCCAUUCUAUACUAGCUCUGGUUCACUCCUUUCAUAGCUUCUUUUCACAAUAGUCUAGUGCCACUUGAUAAUGAUAGAGAUACAAUUUGCAUUUGAGUAUUGGCCUAAGAUACAAGUGAUUGCUGUUGUUGGGUUUGAGUCGCAAAGUGCAAUCCCCAAUAUUUGAUAUCAAAAAUGAUUAUUGAGGUAUGGUCCAAACAUUUGAAUAGGAAAGGGUGCCAGACUAUUGUAUUGGGCAGGGAAGCAAUCAGAGAAGAGAACUGGACCUGGAAUGGGAAUAUGGAUACCAGGCUAGGAAGAAGGCAAUGAUGGAUCAGUUUGCACAUGAUCUAUCCCAGUCAGAACCUAGGAUUAGUCUUCCACGUGCACAACCACUUACUUCAGUCACAAAGAUUGACUUGGCUGGGUACUCUCCAGUACUCUAAUCACAUUUGACAGGAACUAGAGAGGUUGCAGGAUGCACCACUUUUUGGCAACGUCUUUGGGACAGAGCCAGCUUGACACAAUUGUUCUUGGCUUGAAGAUAUUCUAAGGAUUCCACCUUUGUGAGAGUCGUCAACUACAUUCCCAAGGAAUUCAUAUUUUUUGGCUACAUCUCACAAGGCUGGUCCGUACACAUGGCAGAUAAGAAUUUAGCAGCUUCAAAGGAAAGGGGCUUUUUGAGCACUCUUCAUAGCGGUUUAUUCAUUAUUGCAGUACCAUGCCCAUGUAGUUUUCUGUAGUGAGGGAAAGAAUUUUCUUAAAAAGCAAGAAUAAUGUUGGGGGGUCAAAACGAAGAUAAUUUGACAUAUUGGAAUGUGGUAACCAAGACGACAACUUUCCUGGUUGCCAACUAUUGUGAAUAUAACGUUAGGAACAUUAGGAAUAACCUCAAGAGCUACCUUACCCUUACUCCCUCUAUCACUAACCCAGAGAACUGCAGAGUAAUAUUAAUUGUCUCAAUUUAGGUCUGUAUAUAUAUAUAUAUACAUAUUUAAGUAACACCAUGUUUUCCCGAUUAAAGUACGCACCCCAAUUGAAAUAUGCACCCCCAGUUUGGGUCAAGUCUCUGACAGAUAAAUCUGUGGGACUGAAACUUAAAAUGGAAAAACUGAAAUAGAGUACGCAUUACGCACCCUUCCUAACCUAUCUUGAAAACAUCUUGAACUGCAUAAAUUCAAAUUUAUAAGACUUCUAUACAGUUUGUAAAAACACUAGUGUUCCCUGCUGGCAUUGUCUUUACAAACUUGUAAAUCACAAACCACAAGUUACAAAAUCCAUCAGAAUAGAAGAAAUGUAAAAAAAAAUAGUUUUGCAUCCUAACUAGAUCUAGAGGUGUUGCUCUAUUUGAGGUCCUUUUCAGAUUUAGCUGUGCAAUAACCUCAUAUUAAGUACACAACUGAAUUUGGCAAUGACUUGCAGCACAGAAUUUUAAGAAGUUUCAAAGUGUGUUCUUUAUUCAAGGAAAUAUGGUAGGUAUCAUCAGAAAGAGGGUUACCUAGCCGCUGACAACAGAACUGCGGCUAAAAUUCUGGUUAGCUGUUAUAUCUGAGACAGUAAUAGUGACUGAGAUAAUGCUAGAUUUUCUAUGAUGUGGGAAACUUGGAUGGAACCGAUGGAUGCUAUUGUGUAUUUAUACAGUCUACCCAAACAGUGUCUAUACCACACUGUGAUGCCACCUAGCAUAUUGCUCCUGAAGUACAAUUUACAUAGUCCAGCAGUAAAUUUGCUGAUAGUGAUACAGUGACAGUCAUGGCCAAUGAGGGUUUGCUGAGAUCAGGUGGGACUGAAGCAUUAUUCAAGGGGCCAGGACUGUACCCAGAUUAAAACUAUUUUGUAGUGUCUGUCAGAAUAAACUUUUG